AUGGACUCGUCGUCAACUAUCAUGAAGUCCGAAUACGCUGAUAUGAUGGACGAGACUAGUGACACCUUAUCUCAUGUCGGCGACGGAGAAAUCUCAGUCAUCGACUACGCAAGAUAUCACGGCCUGAGCAAGGACUACACCUCUGUCUACCCUCUAUCUCAUGACGUUCUUCACUCCAUCCCGCAAUGGGAAGACCCGGAUCUCGAACUCGCUCAGCGCCCUGAAUUUGAGCUUCCAACAGAACUCGAUCUCGACGAAAAAUGGACCAUUGAUCACCAGAGUGCUUUAUUCCUCAGACAGAUCACGUCAGUAGAGGAAGUGCCAUCUACUGGAAUCACACGACGGAAAAGUAGAUCUACUGAAUACAAAGUCGAGCCGCUACUUUUGCCGACAGACCCUGAGCUUGAGCAGCGAAGGUUCAUGCGAGCACGACACUCAAGACAACGCAAAGAUACGCCAGAAAUACCACCUGAGGCUUUUUGGCAAGAUGACGAAGGAGCAGCGUUGCAUUGGCCAGAUUCCAAGCUGCCAGAAACACUAAUGGAGCAAAUCAAACAAGAAAAACUCCAACUUGGCAAGAACGACAUACUCUUUUUGCAGCAAUGCAUCUCGUUUCCCGACGAGCUCGAGAUGCAAGACCUCGAUGUGCCACCAUACAAGAAGGCGAGUUUUGAGUACGAGGAGGCAAGACACACAUCACCACUCUUGCCGUGUUCAUCGCCCUUCCAAUUCAGCGUACCAGAUUCGCCUGUCAGCCGUAUACCUUUGGCGACCAGUCCCAUUGAUCCCGUCCCAGCUGAGAUAAAGAGGAUCGAGGAUAGCAUGGACGUCGACGAUGAAUUCUCCCUGGACGGGCUCUCAGAUAUAUCGGCGCUCGGCAUUGAGGCUCCCGACGAGUACUACUCACGCUCACCACUAAAACGUAGACGACCUGAUGAUUACAAGGUCGAAGUACCACUGUCACCAGUCCUUGAGUCGUCGCCAAUGAAGAAACUGAAGAUGGUCACCUUUUCAGACGAGCUAUGCAUUAGCAUACCUGAAUACGCCAGACCGUUCCCAUUAGAGGAUUCAAAUGGCACAGAUGAUGUACAGGAUUUCCUCGAGCAAGUCAUCGAGCCUGGUGCAAAGUCUGCACUACUUGCUAUCGACGGGGAACAGUUGUCGCAAGCGGACUCGAUUCUGAGAGUAGAGGUCCCCGUCAUUGACGAGAGCGGUCCUCUACCUCCAUGGAAGGCCUUUGCUCGCAAACAACUGGGCUGUCAAACAGAACUGGAGGCUCAGCAGCAACUGAUAUCCAUGCUGAAGCGGGAAACCAUCAGACCAUGUGAACACUGGCCUCACGUUGGCAGAAUCGAUGGCACCAUGUCGUGUUGGCGGCCUUUCGACUUGCACUUGGAUGAUCUGCCCGAAGAAGAAAUUGAAUGUGAUUAUCUGAGCGACUUUAACCCUGAGAAGCCCGAGGACACAACAUCCGGAUGGAAACUAGAAGGCCUGAGAACCCUGGACCCCUGCGAAGACGACGAUGAAGAGAUCAAGGCUCUGGACAUGUCAGUAGCUCUGAAGAACCUCAACCUGAUGGGCAGUGCAAUGGACAUCAAUGCGCCCAGCAAGAGUGAGGGCCGUAAGUCCGCAGCGCCUUUGCAGACUCGAUUACCCUUCUUCUCCCCAACAAAGACGUAUGAGACUCAUGAGGAUUCUGCAAAGCCUCAUGAGAAUCCAAAAGCAACACAGUCUCUAGCGCCUAGCACGUUCUCUGUGAGCAAUUCUCUGGACCGCUUCAUGCAAACCUAUACUGGCAAGAAGACGUGCGUAGAGAAACCAGAUCUUCAAACUGAGGCUGUACUGAAGAAUGUCGAGAAGCCUACCCAUAGCCCCCAUACUCAUGUUGAAAGACAUGACGAUCUCAAAGAAGCUACAAGCUGCUUGCCGAUACAUCGCCCAUCCUUGCCUACACCUGUACCGCCCCGAACUUUCGUGUUAUCGUCAACUAUGUUCGAGAGGCGAAAACUAGUGAAAGAGAUUGAGCGUCUCAACGCCAUGAGUGAAUACAUCGAACGCGACUUUACGUCACCUCGUAUGCUACGUGGUCUGUCAUCCCAGACAUCGGAAGCUGACGAAGCGGAUGUUAUCAUCGCACCUGGACACGGCAUUAUGUUGACUACUUUGCAGAAAGUCAUGCAAAAAAGCUUGCCAGGCGAAGUCGUUCGUAAUGUAAUACGUGAACGCAUUGUACAACUUGCGCGUCGAUAUGAGCGCCUGAUAAUUAUGGUGCAUGAAGAUCAGAGUAGCGACCAACAACGUCCAUUGGACAACCGCGAGUCUGGCGAACUCGUGUCUCUCAUCAACUUCUGCGCAGCACAAAGUCAUGAUAUCCAGGUCAUGUACAUCCCUGGAGACGAGCUUGCAUUAGCGACUUGGAUCGUUGCAAGUAUGAUCCGAUAUGGUCUCGAUGAUUCGGAAGUACAUCUGAUCCAAGAUGAAACCACAUGGGAGCUAUUUCUCAGAAAAGCAGGCAUGGACGCAUUUGCGGCUCAAGCAAUUUUGAACAAACUGAAGGCACCCAUUCCUAUGCCUACCCCUUCGACCAAGCAAUUCUACGGUCUACCCGCAUUUGUCAUGAUGGACGAAACCGAGAGGCUAAGACUUUUUGGCGCUCUGUUCGGUGGAGAGAAGAUCUUGAGGAAGGUAAGCAUGGCUAUUGAUGGUUGCUUGAAAAGAAAUGUUGUUGCUGGCGAUCUGAAGCGCUGA